UUUUGCUCUCUUCUCUUUGACAUUGUUAGAACCAGAGAGUGAGAUCGAUACAAAAAGCAAACAUUACUGAGAUUGAGUUGUGUCUCCUAAUCGAAGACGAAAGUUGAAAACUUUUGCUAACGGGUUUUAAGUUUCGUGAAAUUUUAGUUGUGAUAUAAUCGUAAAGUUUUGAUCUUUGGCAAUGUACAGAGCACUAUGGCGUUCUCCAUUGAGAUUUAUCGUGGGUUCCUCCUCGUCUUCAAAGUUAAGACCAACCUUAUCUCGGGAACUGAGAAGAAGUGGAAUUAAUAAUGGCUCUGGUGGUUGUUCUUGUUCUCGUAGUGUCACGACAAUGAUAGGUAAUGAAUUCAUUCGAUGCCAAGAUGAGUCAACGAGGAAGAUCUUACAGGAGCAGAUUGUUAAUGCACUUUGCUCUGGAGAGAGGCCUGGAGCGUCUGCUCUACUUUCAAAGCUAAUACAUGGAAACAAUCCACUUAGUGCCGAUGAUUUUCACAGCAUUCUUAAGUAUUGUGCGCGAUCACCUGACCCUGUGUUUGUAAUGGAGACUUACAGUGUAAUGUGUAAGAGGGAAAUUAAUCUUGACAGCAGAUCUUUGUUGUUCAUAGUACAAGCUCUUUGUAAUGGGGGACACUUGGAUAAGGCGUCAGAGUUUAUUCAGGCUUUAGGGGAAAAUGAUAGCAUUUCUCCUCUUUUGCCUGUGUAUAACUAUUUUCUUGGAGCCUGUGUCAAAACGAGAAACGGGAAUUACGCUAGUAGGUGUUUGGAGUUGAUGGAUCAAAGGAGAGUAGGGAAGAAUGAAAUAACAUAUGCAGCACUUCUCAAGCUUGCAGUUCUUCAGCGCAAUCUACCAUCUGUUAAUGAGAUAUUAAAACACUAUGUGGACCAUUAUAGCCUGAGUAUACUCUCCCUCAGAAAGUUCAUAUGGUCCUUUACGAGGCUGGGCGAUUUGAAAUCAGCUUAUGAGCUAUUGCAACACAUGGUGGCUCUAGCUUCGAGAGGAGAGCUCUUUGUCAAAUUCAAAAGUGGUAAACUGCAUUCCACAAGACUAGAUAUUCCUAUACCAUCAAGUACUCAGACGAGAUCAGAGAAAGUUGCUUUAGGAGGAGUAAAUGAUCACACGGCUUCUCUAAUGGUGGAUGCUCAUGGAAAGAACAACGUCCCUGCGACUAGGAUCCUCAGAUGGUCGUUCAACGAUGUGAUUCACGCAUGUGGACAGUCUAAAAACUCUGAGCUAGCGGAGCAGUUAAUGCUUCAGAUGCAGAAUCUUGGGUUGGUACCAUCGAGCCAUACGUAUGAUGGUUUCAUUAGAGCUGUUGCGUUUCCAGGAGCAUACGAAUAUGGCAUGACACUGUUGAAAGUAAUGCAGGAGCAGAAUCUGAAACCGUAUAACUCAACUCUCGCUACGGUUUCAGCUUAUUGCAGUAAGGCCUUUCAGGUUGAUUUAGCUGAACAUCUGCUGGAUCAAGUGUCUGAGUGCUCUUAUGCGUAUCCUUUCAAUAACCUUCUUGCUGCGUGUGACUCCUUGGACCAACCAGAGCGUGCUGUCCGAGUAUUGGCUAGGAUGAAACAGCUAAAUCUGCGUCCUGACAUGAGGACCUAUGAACUGCUCUUUUCAUUAUUUGGUAAUGUGAAUGCACCAUAUGAAGAAGGCAACAUGCUGUCACAAGUGGACUGUUGUAAAAGAAUAAACGCUAUAGAAAUGGACAUGGUGAGAAAUGGUCUUCAACACAGUCCUAUCUCAACUCGGAACGUGCUGAGAGCCCUCGGAGCUGAAGGCAUGGUGAACGAGAUGAUCAGACACCUGCAAAGAGCUGAGAAUAUGUAUCUAGAGACGGCUACAUACAACAUAGUGCUUCAAUCACUUCUCGAGGCAAAUGAAACUAACAUGGUGAUAAAAAUAUUCAAAAGGAUGAAAGCAUGUGGAUACCCUGCAGACGCUGCUACAUACAACAUAAUGAUUGAUUGUUGCAGCAUCAUCCACUCUUACAAAUCAGCUUGUGCCUUAGUCUCCAUGAUGAUCCGUGACGGGUUUUCUCCAAAAGCGGUCACGUUUACUGCUCUAAUGAAGAUUUUGUUGAACGAUGAUAAUUUCGAGGAGGCGCUCAAUCUCUUGGACCAAGCUGCAUCAGAAGGGAUACAACUCGAUGUCUUAUCAUACAACACCGUUCUGCGUAAAGCGUUUGAGAAGGGAAUGAUCGAUGUGGUUGAGUACAUAGUGGAGCAAAUGCGCAGAGAGAAAGUGAGUCCAGAUCCAUCAACAUGUCAUUUUGUAUUCAACUGUUACGUGGAGAAAGGGUAUCACACGACAGCGAUAGAAGCGUUGAAUGUUCUGAGCCUAAGAAUGCUCGGCGGAGAAGUGAAAGAGAGUCUUCAGGAGAAGAAAGCAGAGCUUGAGGAAAGUUUUGUCAUGAGUGAAGACCCUGAAGCUGAAACGAAGAUUAUUGAGCUGUUUAGAGACUCGCGGGAGCAUCUUGCAGCUGCGCUUUUGAAUCUAAGGUGGUGCUCGAUGCUUGGGGUGAGGGUUAUAUGGUCGGAAGAGCAAAGUCCAUGGGCGAAAGGACUGUCUAACAAGUAUGUUUAGUAGGUGGCUUUUCGUCUCUAAAUCUGUUGAUUCUCUGCCCAUUUAAAGGAAGCUUCUCUGUUCACAAACUGGUGAGUGAGUCUAGCCGGUUCAUUGUGAACAGUUUGAUGAGAUGAGUCUGCACGGCGAUUAGAAGCAUCUUUAGUCGUUUGCUAUACAAACCACCUAACAACUAAGGUGGUGGUCUGAGUUUUUUUUUUUCUUUUUCGCCGACGUAUGAAAGAGCUGUAAACUUUAUCAAAUUUUUAAUUUUAUUCGCUUAAGACAAUUUUCAGUGUAUUUUUUAAAAUCAUAGAUGAAAGAGCUGUAAACUAUAUAUCAAUGUUUUAAUUUUAUUUGCUUAAAACAAUUUUUUCUGUA